AGUUUUCUUAAUAACACGCUUCAUGUACUUGUCUGUGACAGUUAUAUCUGUGGAAGCUGGGGUGUAACUUGAUGCCGGAGAAAAUUUGUAGAAGCUUGUCACUCCUCAAAGUGUUCGCACGCGCCAAAUUUGGAUUCAGGAAAUGUCAAAAAAUUUUAACUCCUUACUCUCUGUACCUGCAAUUUUGAAAACAAACCGUGAAAAUGGAGAAAAGUGCGAAAUAUGAAAGUGAGAAAAAAGCCUCGUUUUUUGGCGCUCGUCAUGUGCAGUGCUUCAUGAUUUUCCUAGGUUUAACUGUGGCUUUCUCGCAACGAGUUAAUUUUUCGGUGGCAAUUGUAGCAAUGACGGACCGGAAUGCAACAAAUCCGGAUUUUGAGGAGUAUGCUUGGUCGGAGCAAACAAAAUCAUAUCUUCUGAGUGGUUUCUUCUGGGGCUACUUCGUGACACAAAUACCUGGCGGUCAGUUGGCGCAUAAAUAUGGAGGUAAAAUUAUGGUGCUCCUAAGUGUGGGCUUCAGCAGUAUUUUGUGCAUGCUCACACCGCUUACAGCGCGCUUAGGCGAUUGGAAAUUGGUCUUUGCGUUGCGUGUGGCACAAGGCUUGCUGCAGGGUUGUAUUUUUCCCUCAACACACACGUUACUCUCCAAGUGGGUGCCGCCCGAGGAACGUGGUUCGAUCGGCACCUUCUGCUAUACGGGUGUACAAUUCGGUAGCGUCAUAAUAAUGGCUCUCAGCGGUACUAUAGCCUCGUCGUCAUUAGGCUGGCCUGGAAUUUUCUACAUUUCCGGUUUAGUAAGUUUGUUGUGGGUUAUUGUUUGGUAUUUUGUGGGCGCCAGCACACCCAGCGACUACAAAUGGAUAUCUGAGGAUGAGAAAUUAUAUAUUGAAUCAGCAUUGGUGACGUCUACCAAACCAGAGGAGGAGCAUAGACCAACGAAGACGCCAUGGGUUAAGAUACUCACGUCGGUGCCAUUCUUAGUCAUUCUAAUCGCGCAAAGUUCUUUCGCAUGGGGCUUUUGGACGAUGCUCAUACAAAUACCAUCAUAUAUGAAGAAUAUCUUGAAACAGGAUAUCAAGAGCAAUGCUCUCAUGUCUGCGCUACCGUACCUCGUUAAUAUGUUCUUGACCUUUGCGUUUUGUGGCUUAAAUGAUUUUCUUAUCAAACGGAAUUUAAUCAACAUACGUACGAGUCGUAAACUUUUCAAUACCAUCGGCUUCUGGAUACCGGUGUUGCCACUCAUAUUAUUGGGUUAUCUUCGUGAAGAUCAAAGCGGUUUGGCAGUUGGUUUACUUGUUAUCUUAAUCGGUGUAAAUUCGGCUGCUUACUUGGGCUUUUUGACCAAUCACAUUGAUUUGUCGCCCAACUUUGCUGGCAUACUAAUGGGCGUGGCUAAUUGUAUGGCGAAUUUUAUGGGUGUGAUAGCACCCCUGCUAGUGGGCUUCAUCGUCACUGAUUCGAAAAACGUUAAUCAAUGGCGCAUCAUAUUCAACAUAACCGCUGCCCUUUACUUUAUUGGCAAUUUGCUAUUUAUUCUGUUCGGUCAAGUCAAAAUUCAGAAAUGGAACUAUCCCAAGGAGUUGCAGCAGCAAAGGGAUCACAUAAAAUUCGAGCCAGUCAAUGUGGAGAAAGAAGUCUACUAGAGCCAAAUACUACGUAUUCAAAUUAUGCACUGUAAUGUGCUGAUGUUAUUAGUUAAUUGUAGUAUUAUAAGUUCGACUAAGUUGACCCUCAUAGCUUUUAAAAAGUUAUGAAAUAUCGCAUUAAGCAGAGUGUAAUAAAAGUGUAUGUAAAUUUACUUUUGUUUGUCAUUA